CUGAGCCGGAACCAGCACCUGAACCAGAACCUGAGCCAGAACCAGAACCAGAACCACAACCUGAACCAGAACCCGAGCCAGAACCAGAACCAGAACCAGAACCAGAACCAGAGCCAGAACCAGCACCUGAACCAGAACCUGAGCCAGAACCUGAACCAGUACCUGACCCAGUACCUGAACCACAACCUGAGCCAGAACCGGAGCCACAACCUGAACCAGAACCUGAACCAGAACCUGAACCAGAACCUGAGCCGGAACCAGUACCUGAACCACAACCUGAACCGGUACCUGAACCACAACCAAAGCCGGAACCACAACCAGAACCAGUACCAGAACCACAACCAGAGCCAGAACCAGCACCUGAGCCGGAACCAGCACCUGAACCAGAACCAGAACCACAACCUGCACCAGAACCACAACCUGAGCCGGAACCUGAGCCACAACCAGAACCUGAGCCAGAACCUGAACCUGAGCCAGAACCGGAACCACAACCAGAGCCGGAACCACAACCACAACCAGAACCAGCACCAGAACCACAACCUGAGCCGGAGCCAGCACCAUCCGUUCUGCCACGCCCCCCUGAUGAAGCAGUGCCUGCCCCUGUUUCUGAGCACCUGGACCAGAAACCCCACCGGCCGGAGCGGCCCUGGAGGCGCCGGAACUGCCUGA